AUGGAUGCACUCCAGAUUGGUGGGAUAGACCUCGAACGAAUUCAGUUUGGUUUGAUCACCCACGCUUUGAAUUCGCAUUUGUUGACUGAAGAUGCGGACGGCUUCCUCGGACUGGGACCCCAGGCUUCUAGAACCAAUUUUGAGCGCACAUUUAUGGAUUAUAUGGCCGAUCAAAAGCUCUUCGGGUGUCGGAGAUUCGGAUUUAUAUUCAACAAUGGGGUGGAGGGCGCCGGCUACAUUGCUUUCGGUAAUGACGUCGAGACACACAUCAAAGGGGAGCUGGUUUUUGUGGACUCUACAAGUGUUACGAAUUGGCAAACUGAGCUUACCAAGAUCAUGGUAGGAGAGCAUACUGUGUACGUCGGUGCUCGGGCUACCCUCUUCGACACACUUUAUAAAUCUGUCGUGUUACCCAGCGAGGUCGCGAAGAAAAUCAACGAAUUGCUCGAGCCCACAGGUAGUGUCGGGCCUUUCACAGUCAUGGACUGUGAAAUGAAACAAGGCUUACCUGAUAUCACGUUCGCAUUUGGAAGUACGCAACUUGUUCUCAAAAGCCAUCAGUAUUUGGCCCGGAUUGAGAAAGAUGGCCGGGACUAUUGUGUGAAUAUAUUCGCAGAGGCCGAUCCAACAGCCUUCCCGUCCGCCAUAAUGGGAAUGAGUUUCAUUUCGAAAUUUGACACUUUGUUCGAUUUGGACCUAAUGAGGAUUGGAUUUGCGUCAUUGGGCCGAUGA